CUGAGUGAGUGUCGGUUCUAGUGGUUUCACCGGCUGGCCGUGCGGGGUUUCUGGGUGGGGCCUGUUGACCCUCCUUUUCUUGGCGGGGAUCGGGCGUGCGAUCCCGGUCCGCGUAAUGUACGGAGGUAGAGGGAAGGGGCUCCGGCCCCCUCGGCGUCAUGUCUUCGGUACCGGCGGCUUCCAUUCCGCGGGUUCUAUCCUCAAGCGCCGGGACACAGGGCUCCAAGGAGCAGGGCAGAACCGAGGUUCAGCAGACUCCUCCCCGGGGUGCUCACACCUUCUCCUUUGAUUUCAGGUCUGUGGAGCCGCCCCAGGAGCCGGAGCUGUCGCAUCCCCUCCUCUUCCACUUCCCGUUGCAAACAAUAAAAGCCGUUCGUACCGUAGCCCCUGCCGGAGUACGGGCGACAUUUUCGCAGAAGUUUCUCCGGCCGACCUUGCCGUCACCUCCGGAUGGCAGCCCUGCGCCGAACCCUCCACCUGGGGAGCCUGGCGGCGGCGGCCCGUCGCGCCGUGGCGGGCUCCCUGGCUGGUAGCUGCCUGGCGGACCGCCGCCUCUGGGAUAAGCUCCCCGCCCAGCCCCGUCAGGGCAGCGCGGGCACCUUCGACUGGUUCUUUGGAUACGAGGAAGCCCAGGGGCUCCUACUGCCGCUGCUGCAGGAGGCACCAGCUGCCUGUCCACCGCGGGUGUUGGACGUGGGCUGUGGCACCUCCAGCUUGUGCACGGGCCUCUACACCAAAUGCCCGCACCCAGUGGGCGUGCUGGGGGUGGACUCCUCUCCUGUGGCUGUGGCCCACAUGAACAGCCUCCUGGAAGGUGGCCAAGGCCAAACACCCCUGUGCCCGGGGCACCCUGCCUCACGCCUCCACUUCAUGCAAGCUAAUGCCCUCAACCUGCAGCCAGUGGCUUCCUCAGGCUCUUUCCAUCUAGUGCUAGACAAGGGUACCUGGGAUGCUCUUGCCCAGGCUGGUCUGCCUGGGGCUUACCAGCUGCUGUCAGAGUGCCUGAGGGUCCUAAGCCCUGGGGGGACCCUGAUUCAGUUCUCAGAUGAGGACCCUGAUGUGCGGCUGCCCUGCCUGGAGCAAGGGUCCCAAGGCUGCACUGUGUCUGUGCAGGAGCUGGGCCCUUUCGGGGGCAUCACCUACUUUGCUUACUUGGUUCAAGGCUCCAAUUAAAGACUU